AUGGGGGACGAAGAUGAAGAAGAGAACGUCAACUGCCCCGUGCUAUGCGCCACUGAGGAAGGAGAAGAAGUGCGUCUCGAGAGCAGCAUCAGUGGUGCAGCACUCAUGGCAGACUCUUCCUGCACGUCGGCCGAACGGCGAAAGCGAGUCGGUGCAGCAUGUUACGCUAUCCGCCAGGCUCUGCAAGACCUCGGCGACGAAUACAUGGCUAGUGGGGGUCGCAAGGAUGAAAAUCUAGGCAAGGCUGUCGACGACAUAGAACGGAAAACGCGUGACUUGCGGAGGCAAUUGCGCAAAGGUGCCGCGGAAUACGUGUCCGAUUGCUUCCAGGAGACUGCGCAGGUGCCAUUUCUCUUGCUGCUCGAAGCGGCUUACGCUGGAAAUGAGCACCAGGUCGAAGGGUACGCCACCGUGUUUGCCGACCACGUCAACAUACCGGUGGGAAUGGCCAACGUGGCCUGCUCCAUGUCGAGCGACGAAGGCGGAGUCAAAACGGUGAGGUGCGCGGCGGCCCACCUCGAGGACCUCUGCCCGCAGGUGAUCGACGCGGCCCGCGUUUUGGCCGCGCAUCCACGAUCAAAAACGGCACUGAAGAACCUGGAUGCCUUGUGCGACGCUUGGGAAAGUCACGUGCGGCUGCUCAAUGAAGCCCUCGACGACAUUACCAGAAUCGACGACGACUUGGCAGAUUCAGAGAACCCCAUCCUCGAAGAUUUGAACGAAUGCGAUGAAGAGAACGAUGCAGACGCCCUGGAUAGCACAGCGGGAGCAAUUCGAGGACGCUCCGCAUGUGCCUGCAGCGCUGCGAUGUUCGAGACGGAUAACUACGAGCCGGGGAUCUACACGGAACGUGUGCUCGACGCUGAGGCUGUGUAUCGGAUAGUGAGAGCCACACCACAGAGCCACAUCCUCGAAGAUUUGAACGAAUGCGAUGAAGAGAACGAUGCAGACGCCCUGGAUAGCACAGCGGGAGCAAUUCGAGGACGCUCCGCAUGUGCCUGCAGCGCUGCGAUGUUCGAGACGGAUAACUACGAGCCGGGGAUCUACACGGAACGUGUGCUCGACGCUGAGGCUGUGUAUCGGAUAGUGAGAGCCACACCACAGAGCCACAUCCUCGAAGAUUUGAACGAAUGCGAUGAAGAGAACGAUGCAGACGCCCUGGAUAGCACAGCGGGAGCAAUUCGAGGACGCUCCGCAUGUGCCUGCAGCGCUGCGAUGUUCGAGACGGAUAACUACGAGCCGGGGAUCUACACGGAACGUGUGCUCGACGCUGAGGCUGUGUAUCGGAUAGUGAGAGCCACACCACAGAGCCACAUCCUCGAAGAUUUGAACGAAUGCGAUGAAGAGAACGAUGCAGACGCCCUGGAUAGCACAGCGGGAGCAAUUCGAGGACGCUCCGCAUGUGCCUGCAGCGCUGCGAUGUUCGAGACGGAUAACUACGAGCCGGGGAUCUACACGGAACGUGUGCUCGACGCUGAGGCUGUGUAUCGGAUAGUGAGAGCCACACCACAGAGCCACAUCCUCGAAGAUUUGAACGAAUGCGAUGAAGAGAACGAUGCAGACGCCCUGGAUAGCACAGCGGGAGCAAUUCGAGGACGCUCCGCAUGUGCCUGCAGCGCUGCGAUGUUCGAGACGGAUAACUACGAGCCGGGGAUCUACACGGAACGUGUGCUCGACGCUGAGGCUGUGUAUCGGAUAGUGAGAGCCACACCACAGAGCCACAUCCUCGAAGAUUUGAACGAAUGCGAUGAAGAGAACGAUGCAGACGCCCUGGAUAGCACAGCGGGAGCAAUUCGAGGACGCUCCGCAUGUGCCUGCAGCGCUGCGAUGUUCGAGACGGAUAACUACGAGCCGGGGAUCUACACGGAACGUGUGCUCGACGCUGAGGCUGUGUAUCGGAUAGUGAGAGCCACACCACAGAGCCACAUCCUCGAAGAUUUGAACGAAUGCGAUGAAGAGAACGAUGCAGACGCCCUGGAUAGCACAGCGGGAGCAAUUCGAGGACGCUCCGCAUGUGCCUGCAGCGCUGCGAUGUUCGAGACGGAUAACUACGAGCCGGGGAUCUACACGGAACGUGUGCUCGACGCUGAGGCUGUGCAUCGGAUAGUGAGAGCCACACCACAGAGCCACAUCCUCGAAGAUUUGAACGAAUGCGAUGAAGAGAACGAUGCAGACGCCCUGGAUAGCCCAGCGGGAGCAAUUCGAGGACGCUCCGCAGGUGCCUGCAACGCUGCGAUGUCCGAGACGGAUAACUACGAGCCGGGGAUUUCCACGGAACGUGUGCUCGACGCUGAGGCUGUGCUUCCGUUAGUGAGAGCCACACCAGAGAGCCACAUCCUCGAAGAUUUGAACGAAUGCGAUGAAGAGAACGAUGCAGACGCCCUGGAUAGCCCAGCGGGAGCAAUUCGAGGACGCUCCGCAGGGGCCUUCAACGCUGCGAUGUUCGAGAGGUGGAUAACUACGAGCCGGGGAUCUACACGGAACGUGUGCUCGAAGCUGUGGCCGUGCUAAGGGACCAAGUCUCCCAUUGUGGUCUGGAAGAUGAAGGCCCCGGAGAAGAAGCCCCUCGUACAGCGAGGGAAGAGAGUAAGUUCGCGCCAAGGUGCGCAAGGGCUCGCAGAAGGACAACGUAGCCCCCAUCCCGUUUAGGAGCUGAUAUGUAACGUAGGGAAGCCACCGUACUGAAUAAAAUGGGUCGUGAAGGGAUUA